GAGACAUGGGAAAUGGGAAAUGGGAAAUGGGAAAUGGGUCUUUACUAGAGUAGAAUUCCACACAAAACCCAUCUCUGUUUCUCUCUCUUGGGGAGCUUGAGAUUGAGAAAUGGGUUCAUGGGUUCAGGGUGUUUUGUUCAUUUUUGUUGUUGUUGUUGUCUGUAUUGGAAAUGCGGUUGGGAGUGGGGAGAAGUGUGAUUUUUUUCAAGGGAUAUGGGUUAGGGAUGAGACAUAUCCUCUGUACAAGGCGGAGGAAUGCCCAUUCAUAGAGAGGGAGUUCAAUUGCCGGAGGAAUGGGCGCAUGGAUGAUUUGUAUCUCAAGUUCAGAUGGCAGCCCCAGGGCUGUGCUUUGCAGAGAUUUGAUGGACAAGAUUUCUUAGAAAGAUUUAGAGGAAAGAGCAUAAUGUUUAUCGGAGAUUCAUUGAGUAGAAAUCAAUGGCAAUCACUCACAUGCAUGCUUCAUGCUUCUGUUCCUCAAGCUCAAUAUAAUGUCAUGAGAGUUGGUGACGUCUCCACAUUCACAUUCAUGGAUUAUGACGUAAAAGUGAUGCUCGAUCGUAGUGUAUACCUAGUAGAUGUCGUACAUGAAAAAAUCGGAAGAGUCUUGAAACUUGACUCGAUUCAGGGGGGCAAGCUUUGGAAAAACAUUGACAUGCUUAUCUUCAAUACUUGGCAUUGGUGGAAUAGAAGAGGACCAAUGCAACCAUGGGAUUACAUUCAAUCAGGAAAGAAGAUACUCAAGGACAUGGAUCGAAUGAUUGCUUUUGAGGAGGCGUUAACAACUUGGGCUAAUUGGGUAGACUUAAACAUUGAUCCUACAAAAUCUGAAGUUUUCUUUCAAGGAGUUUCUCCAUCUCAUUACAAUGGCACGAGCUGGGGUGAGCCUGGUGCAAAGAACUGCGUCCACGAGAAGGAACCCCUGCUAGUUUCGACAUACCCGGGCGGUCUGCCACCGGCUUUGGGGGUGCAGAAGGGUGUGCUAAGUAAGAUGAAGAAACCAGUACUAUUGCUGGAUGUAACAAACCUCUCACUGCUGCGGAAAGAUGGUCAUCCUUCUAUGUAUGGCCUGGGAGGACCAACGGGAAUGGACUGCAGCCAUUGGUGUCUUGCAGGAGUUCCUGAUACUUGGAACGAGAUCCUUUACAAUUUGAUCCUGUGAGCAUUGAUUUAUGGGUGAAUUGCCUUAAGAAAUUGGACAAUUUUUGGGGGAAAAAAUUGAAUAAGAUUGUCAUUUCCAUGGCAUUUAGUAAAUAACAACUAACAAGUCCUUUGGUUUACCUCAA